AACAAAAAAUCAACAAAAAAACGAGAAAAAAAUAUCUAUGACUGCAAGCACUGGGAACAAAAUGCUAUAUUUCCCACAAAAAAGCAGCCAAAAAUAAUGAAAAAAUCAAGAUAUAUGGAAGAUCCUGCUGAUUCAGCUAAAUCAGAAGAAGAGGCGGCUACUAUGAUACAAGCUAUAUAUAGAGGAUACAAAGUCAGAAGAAAAUUUGACGAAAUUAAGAAAACAUCCUUCGAAGGGAAACAAAACACUCAGAAAGUGGCCGAGUUGUUAUCUAUGUCAACAAGCCAAUGCGGAUGGUCACUUCAGAAAUCAUUAAAUUCAAUCAAAGUAUCCAACAGUGUUGCAGAUUAUAAUAAAAAUGCAUUGCAUUGAAGGAAUGCAAAUUUGUUGUAUGGAGAGUGUCGACGAAUAUUCAAUAAUAAAUACAUCGAAUAAAUACAC